CGUUGUUACGGAGGGAAUGGCACCCAUAAUAUCAUGACUUGUCCACGCGUGACUGUCAUCACCUCCGCCACCCUCCUCUGGAUGCAGAAUUGUUCUCGCCCGCGAACACAAGCAUCCAUUCGUAUUGACGGGCUGCAAUCACUCAAGAUGGAUACUGUGAAGGGCAUGAUAUCAUUUAUGGUGCGUCCCCUAAUGUACAGCUUUCAUUUGGUCCGUUCUCUGCGCUCAAUCAUCACGCAAGCUAUGAUUAACCACCUGUAGCCUCAUGUUCUCCCUUACCCGACGUCUCAGCCUAAUAGCUUACUACUAGUGAGUCCCUAGCUUCAAAAGUCAUCGGGCAUCUACUUAGCAGUUGUCCGUGCGUUACUGUCGAUGCCCUGCGCGCGCACUAUCGGACGGCAUAAACGGCAUUCAAUGUGACGGACCCCAACUCUCAAAGCAAAUUUAAUGCACUUUCAGACUUCCAUCACAUGUCAAGUCCUCCUAUAGAGACAGUCGUCUGCGUUUGGCUCACUGUUGGUUUGUCUUAUACUGGAGCCACGCUUUUUUCGUAAUCAAGCUGUUCUAUGCAUUGUAUUUUGUACGUAUGACGUGCCGGUAUGUCUCGAUCAAAUGCCUCUCAAGGUGAUUUGGGGCUUGA